AUGGAUGCUCGGAUGUUUUACCUGAGUGAAGAUGCAGAUGACGUGUUCCUACAAUCUUCAUUCGCUGAAAGGCAUCUGCAGUCCGUACCGGACAGCCAGCAAGCCUUAGAGAAAGAAAGCGACCCGGACACACAAGAAAGGCCUCUGCAGUCCGAACCGGACAGCCAGCAAGUCUUAGGGAAAGAAAGCGACCCGGACACACAAGAAAGGCAUCUGCAGUCCGUACCGGACAGCCAGCAAGUCUCAGGGAAAGAAAGCGACCCGGACACACAAGAAAGGCAUCUGCAGUCCGUACCGGACAGCCAGCAAGCCUUAGAGAAAGAAAGCGACCCGGACACACAAGAAAGGCCUCUGCAGUCCGUACCGGACAGCCAGCAAGCCUUAGGGAAAGAAAGCGACCCGGACACACAAGAAAGGCAUCUGCAGUCCGUACCGGACAGCCAGCAAGCCUUAGAGAAAGAAAGCGACCCGGACACACAAGAAAGGCAUCUGCAGUCCGUACCGGACAGCCAGCAAGCCUUAGAGAAAGAAAGCGACCCGGACACACAAGAAAGGCAUCUGCAGUCCGUACCGGACAGCCAGCAAGCCUUAGGGAAAGAAAGCGACCCGGACACACAAGAAAGGCAUCUGCAGUCCGUACCGGACAGCCAGCAAGCCUUAGAGAAAGAAAGCGACCCGGACACACAAGAAAGGCAUCUGCAGUCCGUACCGGACAGCCAGCAAGCCUUAGGGAAAGAAAGCGACCCGGACACACAAGAAAGGCCUCUGCAGUCCGUACCGGACAGCCAGCAAGCCUUAGAGAAAGAAAGCGACCCGGACACACAAGAUAUACCUCGGCAGUCCGUACCGGACAGCCAGCAAGUCUUAGGGAAAGAAAGCGACCCGGACACACAAGAUAUACCUCGGCAGUCAUCACAGCAAGCCGUAGGGAGAGCAAUCGACCCGCACACACAGCGUCCCUACGCGACCCCGGCGGAGCAGAAAGUCCCACCAGGCACGCAUGAGUAA